AUAGUGGUGCUGGUACCGUAUAACUCGUUUCGCGAGGAUUCCACUGGUUCACUAAACCCUAAAAAGUCUUAAAACCCUAAAUUUCUCACCGCCAUUUCUUUGAAUCGAAUAAUCCAAUAUUUGAUUCGAUGGCGUUCGCUUCCAGCUUUCGUCGCGUCCUUAGCUCUGGCUCUUCCGUUCUUCAAUCUCAACUCGCUACCGUUCGUUUUAGUUCAACUCUUACUUCCCCUAAACUCUUCGUCAGUGGUCUAUCAAGACUUACAACUGAUGAAAGGCUUAAGGAGGCAUUUUCUUCAUUUGGACAGCUUCUUGAUGCAAAAGUUAUAACAGACAGAAUGUCUGGAAGAUCAAAAGGGUUUGGUUUUGUUACGUAUGCAACCAUAGAGGAAGCUGAGAAGGCUAGAGAAGGAAUGAACGCAAAGUUUUUGGACGGAUGGGUUAUUUUUGUUGACCCUGCUAAACCAAGGGAGUCCAGACCACCUCCUCCGCGUCAAUCAGAAUCGCAACCCUCUGAGACAGGUUUCAGAACAAACAAGACAAUCGGAUGGUGUGGGUGAUUUAAGGUGGUUGACGGUAUUCAUCAUACUAGAAGACUAUUUACAGAAUGCACUUCCUUAUUUUUCCUACUAACAUCUUGUAUUCAUGAAGAUGAGGGAUUGGUGGUCAUAAUUUUGUUAUGGUUUAUUUGGACAAAAGUCAUUUUGGAUUGGUGGUCAUAAUUUAUUUAUGAUUUAUCAAUCGAUUUAUUGGGAUUAUGGGAACCUAUAGCACUUCACUUGUAUUCAUUCCUGAUCUGGUAGUUGUACGGUGAUAUACAUCUUUUGGUUCCUGUUUAAAAAUAAAAUCCUCAAAAGUAGUCAUAACUCAGCUUGUUAGAUAAAUGUUUUAG